AUGCACACAUCACACUCGCGUUCCAGACACAUUGCAUCCUCUUCGGUCCCCUAUGUUCCUCAGGCGGAAAGCUUAAUUCUCCCAGAUGGGGCUGUUGGCGAAGAGGCGGCAGAGUUGUUGAAUGAAUUCGUCCACCCGAAUCACCAUCACGAUGAAGGUACCAUUAUUGGGCUGGAGGACGACGACGGAAACUCGGAUGACAAUUUGACUGACAAGAAGGCAGGGAAACUUCCCUGGUGGAAGAAGCCUUCUCCGUGGUGGCUUCUAGCCAUUAUGCCAUUUACAUCCAUAGCCAUGUCUGCGACGAUGGCCCCAAGGAUUGAAAUUUACACGAUCCUCGCAUGUAGUGUUCACAAGCCCGAUAUUUUCAAACAGAGCUUUCCCGGGUUGGAGCUUGGUUUGGUGGAAGAGCGAAGGCAACUCCCCACUGACCCCUCUACACAGUUAAUUGAUCGAAUCUAUCUCCCCUAUUUGACCAACAAAUUGGGGCAAGCGACCAACACAAGUGUGCCCACGAAACCUAAUUUAUGUGCCUCAGAUCCAGUGGUUCAGGCUGCAGUCGCCAAGCUCACAGCUGGUGCGUUCUCCGACCUCGAUUGCACACCCACAUCCGCGUAUCUUGUGUUGUUUCCAGACGGGCCUUCCAGCUUCCUUUCAGUAAUUGCAACAUGUACGGGGAUACUGGCCUGUAUAACCACCGGAUGGUGGGGUUCCUUCUCCGACCGAUAUGGUCGAUUGCGCGUCAUGGGAAUAUCUGUCUUUGGGCUUCUACUCACCGAUUUUAACUUCAUCAUGGUUGCGUUGUUCUCGAAACGCAUUCCUGGGGGAUACUGGUUUCUUACUGUAGGACCCGCAGUCGAGGGAUUACUUGGAGGUAUGACGAGCGCCAGUGCGGCGAUGCACGCGUAUAUGGCGGAUACUACUCACGAAGGUUCGAGGUCGAGAAUCUUAUCUCUUAGCCUCGGGCUUCUUUUUAGCGGCAUGGCCGUGGGGCCUUUGCUAGGUGGACUUUUAACCCGUUUCACUGGAAAUGUCCUUUCUGUGUUCUACGUGGCGACGGCAGUGCACGCCGUUUACGCUCUCCUUGUCUGGGUCGCCAUUCCGGAAUCUCUAACGAAAAAAGAUAUGGCAGAGGCGAAAGCAAAGUACAACGAGGAGAUGCACGAUUUGGCACGUGAACGUGACUUGAAUCCAACCGUCGGUUUCCUUGUCAAGCUGAAGCGGAUCUUUUCUUUCCUGAGCCCCUUGACAAUCUUCACACCUGGAAUUGAGAGGGCUGAAGAAAAUCCUCUGAAAAAACCCAGAAGAAAUUGGAAUUUGACCCUGAUGGCACUUGGAUAUGGAAGCACAGUUUCCGUUAUGGGAUCGUAUUCAUACAAAUUCCAAUAUGCAGCAUCAACGUUUGGGUGGAGUUCAGAGACGCUUGGUUAUUGGCUCAGCCUUGUUGGCGCCGCUCGAGCUGUCUUUUUGACCCUAGUUUUACCAGUCAUUAUCAAGCUUUUCAAACCGAAGCCACUCAUCGUUGAGUUUCCCCCCGAGCCCGUUGAAGCUCAGCCACUGCUGUCUUUCAACUCAGGUGGUAGCGAGGCUUCAAGUUCCCGCAGCAGAACGGCUUCACCUAUGAAGAAGGAGAUCCACUCGCCAGCAUUCGACCUUGGGCUCGCGCGGGCGUCCCUUGUCGUUGAAAUCAUUUCAUACACGUUUAUGGCCCUUGCCCCUACACCAUUUACUUUCACUGUAUUCGGGAUGUUGAGUGCAAUGGGCGCUGGGUUCUCUCCAGCCGUACAGAGCGUUACUUUGGCUAUGUAUUCUAGAAAAGGUGGCACUGAGGUGGGGAGGUUGUUUGGAGCUCUCAGUGUCGUACAAGCGUUAUGCUCUCAGAUUUUAGGACCUUCCCUAUACGGACUUGUGUACAUGAAGACGGUGGCCACAUUCCCUCGUGCCAUAUUUGCGAUGACUGUUGCAAGCGUCGUCCUUUCAUUCACUCUUUUCAGUCUUGUGAGACUGCCGAAGGAUAGGCCAUCCUCCCGCGUUACCAAUACCGAUGUCGACGCCGAGGAGACGAGCGCAGCCCAUUUUCAAGAGCAAACUCUUGUCGAGGGCCAAUGA